UCUUUUUGACUGACAACAGUUCUGUUGUUGUUUGUGUGUGUGAGUGUUGUUGUAUAGUGUUGUUAACGGAUGACUUUUGAUUUCUGUCAGUGAAGAUGUCCAGUACUAGCGGUGGUGAAAACUGUUUGUCUAAGCUAUCUUUGUGUUGUGAUGUUUAGUAUUAAAGAUUUAUUAUUUAAGUGCUGCUGGCGAGUUGGCGAGAUGCACACAGCCACUGCAGACGGGCAGUACCGCGGCGCCAACGGUUCCUCGCACGGCCGCGACAAACUCGCCAUAUUGGAUGCUGGCUCGCAAUAUGGAAAGGUCAUAGACCGAAGGGUCCGAGAAUUAUGCGUGGAGUCGGACAUCCUGCCGCUGGACACGCCAGCCUACCACCUCAAGGAGGCCGGCUACCGAGCCAUCAUCAUAUCCGGUGGCCCCAACUCGGUCUACGCCGAAGACGCGCCUAGAUACGACGCGGACAUAUUCAAAAUUGGAUUACCAGUAUUAGGUAUUUGUUAUGGUAUGCAAAUGCUCAACAAAGAGUUUGGCGGUUCAGUGCUACGCAAAGAGGCUCGCGAAGAUGGCCAGUUCGAGGUAGAAGUGGAGACGACAUGCCCGCUCUUCAACCGAUUAGAAAAAUUACAACCUGUACUGUUGACACACGGCGACAGCGUACAGAAGGUGGGCGAGAGGUUCCGCGUCGGCGCGCAGUCGUCCAACCACCUCAUCGCAGCUAUAUACAACGAGCAAAUGAGGCUUUACGGCGUGCAAUUCCACCCGGAGGUGGACCUAACUCCAAAAGGGAAGCAAAUGCUCUCCAACUUCCUGUUUGACAUCGCGGGUCUGUCACGCUCGUUCACGCUACGCUCGCGACGCGAGGCCUGCAUACAAUACAUAAGAGAAACUGUUGGAGAGAACAAAGUGCUUGUGUUAGUGAGCGGCGGUGUGGACUCUACAGUAUGUGCAGCCCUGCUGCGCACCGCUUUACGCGAGGACCAAGUUAUCGCCCUACACAUUGACAAUGGUUUCAUGCGCAAAAAUGAAAGUACUAAAGUGGAAAGAAGCCUUCGUGAUCUUGGCGUGCGUUUACACGUUAUCAAUGCAGCUCAUCAGUUCCGGCAAGGCAGCACAGUGAUCCGCGAGGCGGCGGUUGGCUGUGCCGGCGGCGCGGCAGGGGCGGGGGGAGGCGUGGGCGGAGGGGGGCGGGCGCGGCACACCCCUCUGCUAUGCCACGCCACCUCGCCAGAGGAUAAACGGAAAAUUAUCGGCGACGUUUUCAUACGCAUUGCCGAGCAGGCCGUGCACGACCUACAGCUGCAGGAGGAUCAAGUGCUGCUGGGGCAGGGCACGCUGCGGCCGGACCUGAUCGAGUCGGCGUCGUCGAUGUGCUCCACCAACGCGGCCACCAUCAAGACGCACCACAACGACACCGAGCUCGUGCGCCUGCUGCGACAGCGCGGUCGCGUCGUCGAGCCGCUCCGGGACUUCCACAAGGACGAGGUCCGUGCACUGGGCGUGGAGCUGGGGCUGCCGGCGGCGCUGGUGGAGCGCCACCCGUUCCCCGGGCCCGGGCUCGCCGUGCGCGUGCUCUGCCAGGACGAGCCCUACACCGACCGUGACUUCGCAGAGACGCAGGUAAUAGUGAAGAUAAUGGUGGAAUAUGCGUCGAUGUGUGUGAAAUCGCACGCGCUGCUGGGCCGCGUAUCGAACGCGUGCAGCGCCGCCGACCAGGCCGAGCUCAAGCGGAUCUCGUCCAAGACGCCCGUCGCCGCCACGCUGCUGCCGCUGCGCUCCGUCGGGGUGCAAGGUGACGGGCGGACAUACAGCUACGCGGUAGCGUUAUCAACGGAGCGCUACCCUCCCGACUGGAAAGACAUGUUCUACCUCGCCAAAAUGAUCCCACGCGUCUGUCACAAUGUUAACAGGGUUUGUUACGCGUUCGGCGGUAUAAUUAAAGAACUAGUGACAGACAUAACGCCAACUUUCUUAACACAACAAGUUAUAUCAACUUUACGUCAGGCCGAUGACAUCGCUAUGCAGGUGCUGGUGUCGAGCGGCACGGUGUCGCGCGUGGCGCAGAUGCCGGUGGUGCUGGCGCCGCUGCACUUCGACCGCGACGCGGCCGUGCGCGCGCCCUCGUGCCAGCGCUCGCUCGUGCUGCGCCCCUUCCUCACGGCCGACUUCAUGACCGGCGUGCCCGCGCUGCCCGGCUCCGACGCCAUGCCGCAGGACGUAUUAGACAGGAUGCGUAAGGAAUUAAUGAGCGUGCCAGGCAUAUCCCGCGUACUGUACGACCUGACUCCAAAACCUCCAGGCACCACCGAGUGGGAAUGAUCGCGCCAAUCGCCUUCCUUUUAUAUAUUUUUUUACUAAAAGAACGCACCCUUGGGGCAGUGACUCUAGUUUCUUAGUACUGCACCAAAUGCCAGUUUUGAUCUAAAAAUUCAACAGAAUAUGAAACUCAUAUUUAUAUCAGUUGUUUUUAAGAUGUUUUUGAUAGAGUGAAAGUUAGCCAAGAACGAUGAAAUCUGUCUAUAGUUACAUGAACAUAUUAUUGUUGAUUUACCCAAUGACGUCGUUGAUUUAAUUGCUUUUUAUUGUUUGUUAGUUUAUGAAAAAAUCAGGCUUGUUACAUAUUUAUAUGCAAUAAUAAAGUGCCUAAUUAUCAAACACGUUGAAAGUGUGCAACUACUCUUUUUAUUAUAACUCUUUGUAUAAAUAUCUAUACAGGUCCAAAUGACUUUCAUUAUACACGAUUAAUGAAUUUUCUGUUACUUUAUAAUGGUUUUAUUUUAUAUGUUUUAUUAGUAUGUAAUCCUGUAUAGAUUUAUAUUACACAUGAUCCUAGUUGUUGAUAUCAUAACGGUAUUACAAGAAUGUAUAGAAUAAUUAAAUAAUUGUAGAUUGAGAAAUUUGACGACCUGACUGAAUUUAGAACCUAAUAUGUCAGUGAUCAAGGCUGACUGUCUCUCGGUUAGUCUGUAGAAGAUAUGAUAUCGGUUAUCAAAUUAUUUAAUAAAAUAACCAACGCUGACGAGAGACUUAUAGGUGGGGGACAAUAUUCUCUAAUAUCAUUAUGAUGUACUUGCCACGCACCCAUGUUAUAUAAUUAACGCAGAUGUACAUUAUAUUUUGACUGACAAAAGGUACCCCGAAUGUUGUUCCUCGUAAUAUCUAUCUCAGAACAUGUUCUUGUAUCUUUAAUAUGUAUAUGUUGCAACAACUAGAGCACUGCCCAGUAUUUGAAGUUAUGUAAAUACAUUGGUGUAACACAAGAUACAUUCGCGUAACAUGUUAUUGUUAGCUCCACUGAUCAGUCACAUUUGUAACGUGUAGUAAUUUAUUGUCCAAGGCUGUGUAAAAAUUUAUAUAAAGCCUGCAAUUUAGUCCGCUGACAAGGUUAAUGUAACAAAUCUUGUAUUAAAUCGAAGACACAUUGUGUUUAUGGAAUGGUUCAGUGUUCUUGACUGGAAGUUUCAUAAUAAAAAUUAUAUUAUGCUUUA